AUCUAAAAAUAAACUCAGAAUUGUUGACAUACGACUGAAUUCUUUUUGAAUUCUCUGUGCUAUCUGGGUAAUUUGUUUAUAUUUAGAAUAAUGAUAAAUAACAUCGUCGAAACCCUAUCGAUAUCUUUAUUCGUUACUUUGAAAAAAAAUUCAUAAAAAUCUAUUGUUUGGCUAAAUUUAGACCAAACUUUUCCAGAUAAACAAAGAUACUGAACAUAGUAUGCAAAUAUUUAUUAUUAUACUUCGUAAUGAUAUUGUAAACAGCAACAAUUUGUUUAAAAUGUAUCGCUUUAAGAAAUACCAUUUAUGGAAGAAAUAUGGAAUAUUAUGGAAUAUUAUGGAAGAAAUACCACAUAUUUUGAGUCAAAAGACUUCUAGUCAUUAUAAUAAUUUCAGAUUAAUUGCAUUCUUUUACCGGCAGAUAAAUAACAAUUUUCAUGACAGCAAAAUAUUGCCACAAUAUUGGCACAAUUUUCAUGACAUUAGAUGCCUUCUCUUAUAUAUUAACAAAAUUAUUGUUGUAUGAAGAUACAUCUUUACGUACUUGUGUUACAAUUUUCAAUUCUCAAUUCCGUCAUUGGUUGCGUUCAGCAAAAAAAAUAGCUUAAACUUUCUGUUACUCACACGUGCUCAAUACAAGCCGGUACAUUCUUUCUUAGGCAAAAUGAAAUUUAGGGAAAUAUUCAAGCAGUGCUGUAAAUUACGGCAUUCUUGGUUGCACACAUUGCCCGCAGAAGCGAUAGGAAAACAUGUUGCCAGCACGAAGCUGCAUAUACCCGAGCCUGAAUAUAACACAGAAUUCUUGUGCGAUCCUGCGAAUCGCAAUAUUAUUCUGAAUAAUAUAAAAAAAAGAAAGAGUAUCGGAGAUAUCGACAAGGUUCUCGAAUUGUCGGGCAAACCUGAAAAGAUAAAGUUACUCUCGGAAGAAUUGAGCAGAAUACCAAAUUGCACGCAUUCCGCGAUACUUGAGUACGGCGACAGGCCAGAACUUCUGAAGGAAUGCGGCAAGAAGCCAGAAUUUGACUUCGAACCUCAAGAAUUCUCGCAACUUGUCAAUAAUUUGAAACUACUAAGAACAGGAUUGGGACCUAUCGCCGGACAAAAAGCAUACAUGCUUUUGGGAGAUCUGGCGCAACUUGAAGAGGCGUUAGUCCAUUACACAGUAAGAAAAUUACUGCGGAAUGGAUUCGAACUACUGUCAGUUCCAGACAUCAUUCCUACUGAACUGAUCAAGAGAUGCGGCUUUAUAACGGAAGGCACUCGCACUCUUGUGUAUAAUAUGGAUCCUUAUUAUGGAGACAACUAUAGUCUGUCUGGAACCGCAGAAAUGGCGUUAGCCGGUAGAAUGAUGAACACUAUGCUCUCCUACGACGAAUUACCGGUGAAACUGGCUGCUGUUAGCCGAUGUUACCGCGCAGAGACCUCGACUAGCUUGGAUCAAAGAGGAAUUUAUAGGGUCCAUCAGUUCACUAAGGUGGAGAUGUUUGUUUGCUGUGAACCGCGUCAAUCUGAGGAAGUGUUCCAUGAUCUUCAGAAUAUGCAGGAAGAGCUGUUCUCGUCGUUGGGACUGCAUUUCCGAAUAAUGGACAUGCCUCCGACUGAUUUGGGUGCACCUGCUUAUAGGAAGUCAGAUAUGGAGGCCUGGAUGCCUGGAAGAAAGAUGUACGGCGAAUUGUCCAGUUGCAGUAAUUGCACGGACUAUCAGUCAAGACGACUCAACAUCAAGUUUAAGACCAAAGACGGCGACACGGCUCAUGUUCACACGCUGAACGGGACCGCUUGCGCGAUACCUCGCAUGUUGAUCGCAUUAUGCGAGUAUUAUCAGACGAGGCACGCGCGUAUCAUCGUGCCGAAGAGCCUGGUGCCUCUGAUGAAUGGUAAAACGCUCAUCAAGAAGCAACCGAUCGCGACUAUGAGAACUUUCAAGUAUAAACAAGAUUUAAGUGAGAAUGAUAUAUAAGUGCAAUAAUAAUAAAAUGUAAUUACGAUGAUCGUAUUAUUGUCGUUGCGUUACUUAAAAGAAAUAUUCUUAUCAUAGAUUGAACAAAUUUUCUCAGUCACAGCAAGUCUUGUGUGAGUUGACUUGGUCUCUUGAUAAAUGAUUAAAGUUAGUAUUUUGCAGUUA